UUAUUAUGAAAUUUGAGGUAAUGAAAAAUUCCACCUGCGAUUUAUUUUUUCAAUUUUAUUUACAGAAUACUCAUUAGGACUCGAAGUAAAUAAUUCAAAAUUGAGCUUAUCAGGGCGAAGAUUGAAUUAAUGACAUUGUCAUUAAUGCUUAGGAGAGAAUAACACAUAUUUGCUAUUAUUAAACAUUCUGCAAUGUAAACACAUCCCAGGAACUUUUAUCACUCUUUUGAUAUUGUUCAGAGAAACAUGCCAUUACCACCGACAUCGACCCUCUUAGAGCCUGACUCAGAAUGCCGAAGUGCUACAGAUAGUGUUGGAUCCCAUUCUGAUGUGUCAGGCCAUACAGUUCAACCUCCUGUGAUGGGUAGGCCUCAUAUGGAUGUAGUAUGUGUUAUAGAUAUGUGUCAAAUUGAUCACCUUGCUGAUAGAAAAAAAGCUCUGGAGGAAGUAAAGCAGGCAUGUCUUCAAGUUGGAGCUAAUCUCAACCAUAUUCAAUUUAAGAAUUUAGAUUUUGGAGAGGCUAAUGUUGUUAGUAGUUUUUACAACGCUGAUCUUGCUAUAGUUGAUCUCUCUGUUUUGGUUCAACAAACCACUUUAUUUUAUCAUCUUGGAGUAAGAGAAAGCUUCAAUAUGAAACAGAAUUUGCUUAUAUACAAUGAUACUGAUCGAGAUGUUACGUUACGUCUUAAGUUAUCUUGUAGCAAUUAUACCUUCAUGUCCUAUAAAUUAAUAGAUGAUGGAUUCCUUGUUGCAGCGGGACCUAAAACAGAGGACGGCACAGUUGAAAUGUCACAGAAAUUGAAAAAAAUACUCCAAGAAGUAGAAAUUCAGACUAAAGCUCAUAUGAAGGAAAAGUUCCUUUCCGAUCUGAAAAAGAUAAAAGAACAAAAAAGUGGACCUGAAAAGAAAGAAGCUUUGCACAACAUAUGUAAAAGAUUGGAUGAUCCCAAUGUUUUAUCAUGUGAUGUUGUAUUGGAUAUGUUAUUAUGCUUUCGUGAUAUCCAGGAUUAUGAUUCCAUGGUCCACUUAGUAGAUGAUCUUCGGACUCUACCUAUGACUAGAAAAUAUCUUAAUUCUUAUAUAAACUUUUUAUAUGCUUUCGCUCUGAAUCGGAGAAAACAGCCCGGAGAUAGAGAAAAAGCUCUUCAAGUAUGCAUUGAAGCUUUGAAAAAGAAGGAAAAUCAUUUUCCAGACAUGCUGUGUUUAUGUGGCAGGAUUUAUAAAGAUAAAUUCACAGAAUCUGAAUAUCAAGAUACAGAUAGCCUGCAACAAGCUACACAUUGGUAUAGGAAAGGAUUUGAAGUGCAACCAAAUGAAUAUGCAGCAAUCAACUUAGCUACACUGCUAGUUAUUGCAGGAGCAGAAGUUGAUAAAUCUGAGGAAUUGCAGCACAUAGGUAUGGUAUUAUCUAAUUUGAUUGGUAAAAAAGGCAGUCUUCCUUCCUUACAAGAUUAUUGGGACGUUGCCACAUAUUUCGAGUUUUCUGUUCUUUUCCAACAAUAUGGCAAAGCAGUUCAGGCAGCAGAAUGUAUGUUUAAAUUGAAACCUCCUGAUUGGUAUCUGAAAUCAACUGUUGGCAAUAUUCAGUUAAUUGACAGCUAUCGCAAAAGAAAUGAUGAAGCAACACCGGAUGAGCAAAUAUUUAAUUUUUGGAUGGAAUUUUUCCUGGAAGCGACCAGACCACCAGAAGAAAGAAGUUUCCGAUUUCCUGCCCUCAUUUUAGAACCCAGCAAAGAGUAUAUGCCAAGCCAUGUUUGUAUUAACCUACAAGCAGAGCAACAAACUCUAAAACUUAGUAAUCUCUGUAAAAAGUGCCUCAUGGGAGUUUGUACGCAAAUACAUGACUGGGAAUUCACAGCAAAUAGUAUAAGGAGUGUGAGUUUCAAUAAAAGAGAUGAGAGAUGUUUCUUCCUUUAUGUUCAUCACAAUUCUGAUGAUUUUCAAAUAUAUUUUCCUUCUGAGGCAUGCAGGCAGUGUUUCUAUGAGUUGAUCCUUGAAUUAACUGAUCAUCAAGAAGGUCUCAUUGAGACAGAACCUCCUAGAGAAAUAAACUAUGAAUAUGAAACAGAUGAGAAUGACAAGAGAAUUGUAUUAGGAAGGGGCACUUAUGGUGUAGUUUAUGCUGCUAGAGACUUGAACACCCAAGUUAGGAUAGCAGUGAAGGAGAUACCUGAAAAAAAUCUAGGCGCUGUUCAACCAUUGCAUGAAGAAAUAAGGUUGCAUUCCCAAUUGAGACAUCGUAAUAUUGUCCAAUAUUUAGGUUCAAAAUCAGAAGACAACUAUUUCAAAAUAUUUAUGGAACAAGUACCUGGAGGUUCCCUCAGUCAAUUAUUACGUUCUAAAUGGGGAUCCCUGAAAUCUAAUGAAAAGAUAAUGGCAUAUUAUACAAGGCAAAUUCUUGAAGGUCUGAAAUAUUUACAUGAUCAAAAAAUUGUUCAUCGUGAUAUCAAAGGGGACAACGUACUUGUCAAUACUUAUAGUGGAAUAGUGAAAAUUUCUGAUUUUGGUACCUCUAAGAGACUGGCAGGUCUCUGUCGGACAACAGAAACAUUUGCAGGUACUCUUCAAUAUAUGGCACCAGAGGUAAUCGACAAAGGGCAAAGAGGUUAUGGCGCCCCAGCAGAUAUUUGGUCCUUAGGUUGCACUGUGGUAGAAAUGGCAACUGGUAAACCACCAUUCAAUGAAUUAGGUUCACCUCAGGCCGCUGUUUUCAAGGUUGGAUACUAUAAAAUCCAUCCUGAGGUUCCGAAAGAGUUGUCAGAGGUUGCGAGAAAUUUCAUUUUGAGAUGUUUUGAACCCAACCCUGAUAAGCGAGCAACUGCAAGUCAACUCCUGGAGGAUCCCUUUUUAGGCUGUGAACGAAAAAAAAAUGUUCGCCUUAACACCGAACUUAGUAGAAGUGUAUCUGUACCUGUAGACAAAGUGAAUACAAGACUACCUGGCUCAACUGCUCCAAACCAAACCCCAACCACACCAGACUCAGAUCGCAACGGUGUUUCCAGAAACCAGAGUAAGGGGGCCCUUCUUCCACCCAUCCAUAUGCCUAGCACAUUGUCUUUUAACAGUCUGGCCUCCACUCCUUCAUUAGACAUAGAGGCAACACAAGAAUCUGAAUAUAGACGAAACUCGACAGGCACCCUUCUUUCACCUGAUGCUGAAGGUGGCGCUGAAACUGAUGGUUUCUACUUGCUGAAGAAAGAUUCUCAAAGAAGGCAGACGCUAACGAAAGUUCUCAGCCAAGAUGGAGCCAAGAUAUGUGAUAUAUGGAUGCAGAAAAUCAAGGACAAAAAUCAGGGGCAAACUUACCUCACUGUCCAACAUCUUUCAAUGCUGAUGGAUGGACUGAAAAACUACCUGACAGAAACUUCCACCUCUGUUAUUGAAAAUGUCAUAAGUCGAUUGAAGGAAGAACUUCAUUUCGAAGAAACUGCCAUUAAUCAGCUGGAGUUUGCAGUUUACCUCUACCAGGAAGCUGUGAUUGAAGUACUUAGGUCACACCCGAUCAAACCACAUUGGAUGUUUGCUUUAGAUAACUUAGUAAGAGCAGGUGUUCAGGCAGCCAUUACAGUGCUGUCACCUGAGUUAGGAGAGAAUCUUGCCAACAAUAGUUCCCCUAGUACCAUAAAUUCCUCAAAAUCAAGCAAAAGUACAGAAAGCUUUGAUGUUCCUGAGCAAAUUUUACAAUUAAGGACUGAGAACAAUAGACUGAUCCAGGACAUGCUGGAAAUAAACAAACAACUCCAAUAUUUUAUCAAGCAGCUAGUAGAUAAUUCAAAUCGAUUAAUGAAUUGUAGUUGUCAAACCCAAGAAACAUUACCUGAAGAUCCCAGAUUGAAGCAAUGGUUGAGUCGCCUAGGAAUUCAUGAAGUAGCUCAAAACAAAAUUUUGUCUGAAGGAUAUACUUUGGUAGAAGUCCUUGAGCAUAUUACCAGAGAUGAUUUAAAAAGGUUGAAUUUAAGAGGCUCAUCGGAAUUGCGAAUAUGGUUAGCAAUAGAACGAUACAGAAAUGAUUUAGACCACACAACGAACAAUUCAUUAAACAACGGCAAUAUUUAUUGAAAUUAAUUCCAAACAAAAUUAGAAUGCAGUACUGAAUCACCAUUUUAAAUAGUUCAAAUAAGAGUGCCUUUUAAAAAUUUUAAGAAAUUAUUUUAUGUUUAAUCAACGUUUUUAAUACUCUUUAGAAUUUUAAUAUUGUUUUAAUUUUGAAAUUAUGUUAUAAGUUAUUUUUAAGUCUAAUAUUGUUGACUAAUGAAUAAAUCAGUUAAAUAAA